AUGGCACCUAUCCGCGUUGGAUUUAUCGGGCUCUCUUCAAAAAAGCAGGAUGCCUAUUUGGGACCAGGGUCUUGGGGUGCACUGGCGCAUCUUCCCUACUUGCUCUCUUCUCCGGAUUACAACAUUGUCGCGCUUGCGAACUCGUCUGAAGAGGCAGCUCGUAAAGCUAUCAAGGCCUAUAACCUACCAGUGACAACCAAGGCAUACGGUAGCGGAGAAGAGAUUGCCAAAGACCCAGAUGUUGACCUCAUAGUUAUCAGUGUAGUGGUUAUGAAACACUAUGAACUCGUCAAACCGGCCCUUUUGGCCAAGAAACAAGUCUUUGUCGAAUGGCCGUUGGGAGCUACUCUCGACGAAUCCAAGGAACUCGCUGCUUUGGCGAAGGAGAAUGGUGUCAGAACAAUAGUUGGAGCGCAGGCUCGCGCAGAUCCGCUCGUGGCAAAAGUAAAAGAGAUACUGGGUUCAGGACAGAUAGGCGGUGUGAGAAGUUCUUCGGUCUUGGGGUGUUUCAGUUCGAUAUAUGCCAUGGACGUGUGGUUUGAAGGUGCUGAGUAUUAUUUGGACAUGAAGAGCGGCGGGAACUCUUUCAUGAUCACUUUUGGCCAUUUUUUCGAUUCCUUUACCGAUGUUCUCGGCGAAUUUGUCGAACCACAGGCUACCCUCAAGACAUUCAAAAACAAGAUACCGAUUGUAGGCGCCGAUGGACAGAUAAAAUUAUCAGAACAUCCAAAAAACACCCCAGAUCAUAUCCUUGUUCAAGGUGUCCUUAAGCAGAGCGGCGCAGUAGCUUCGAUCUGCUAUAGAAGUGGAAAGUCCACUGUGGAUGGCGUCGCCAUUCGGUGGCUGAUAACAGGCACCAAGGGGGAGAUAGAAGUUACCGUACCUGAGGUAUAUUGGCAAAUGUCAGAUCCAGGAAGGAAGCUGCGAUUGAGAAUUGGAACCGACGAAGCUAUCGACGUUCCUUUUGCAAACUAUGAAGACAAGACCGGUCUCGAACGACUGAGCAUUAACGUGGGGGGGUUGUAUGAUGCGUUCUUGAGAGAUGAUCAGUCCCGUUAUGCGACAUUUGGUUCAGCUUUGGAGACUCAUGAAUUGUUGGAUAAGAUUUUGAAAAAUUCCGGUUCCAACACCUAG